AUGGUUGAAUCCUUGGUGGGUAAACGAAAGUUCCGGCUGUCACUCAUCGAAUACCUUAACAAAUACGCGUACGCUAACGCAAAAGGAUCAGAUUUGUGGGAAAUCGUCGACAAGCACGCCGCUCUUCAUGGAAUUUCCCUUCAAAAUGUGGUAAACGCUUACAUCAAGCAGGCAGGAUGUCCGGAGAUUUUUGUCACGUUGUCUGACAUGGAGAUCACCGUACACAAUCAGACUCGUCAUUUCAUACACGGUGGAAUGCGAGACGACGACACCAAAUGGACGAUUCCCAUACAUUAUCGAACCAAUAGUCAGCCUGAGUCGCGAUUACAGUGGAUGAGGGCCAGCCAAAACAAAGUAAGCUGGCCGUUGUUCAAGAGCUCCAAGUGGGUGGUGGCGAACACAGACAGCCUGAGCUACGUUAGAGUACUGUACGACGCAAAAAACUAUGCAGAACUUGCCAAACAGCUGCUAUCUGAUCACACGGUGUUUUCGGCUGUCGAACGGACAAUGAUUCUCGUUAAUGCGUUCGAUUUCGCAAUGUCGUCGAAACUUAACAUCAAAGCGUAUAUCAAUCUUCUUCAGUAUGCCUCAGAAGAAAUGGAUUACUCCGUAUGGCUGGCGAUCAGCGCGCAAAUGAACUACAUAGAUAGCCUCAUUCAGGAGACUCCUUUUGUAAACAUUUUCAGGGUGUUAGUAUAUACACUCGAGCACGAUAUCUAUCAGAAAGAGGAAAAUCUUCAGGACUUUCAAAGAACAUUGGUUUCUCGGCCGUAUGAGAAGAUUGGAUGGAGCACGAACACUUCAAUGACGCCUGCUCAGAAAGACUUACAGGCGACAUUGAUCAGAAAUGCUUGUCGCCUAAGAAAUCGGGAUUGUAUUAAGCAAGCUCAUCUUCGAUAUAAAGAAUGGAUCAUGAAGGACAAGAAGCCAUCACUCGAACUUUUUAUGCUCAUUUUGAGUGAAGGUGUUCGUCAAGGGGGUCGCCAAGCAUGGGAUAGCGCUUACGCAACCUUUCUGGAAAGUAAGGAGCAAGAUAAGCGAGUACUUACUGCUAUGGCAUCAACCACACGAUUGACACUUAUUUCUCGGUGA